CCGGGUUAGUGACUAGGCCACGCGCUCAACACCUGUAGUGUAACCUAUGAAUAUCCAAGAUGGCUGCGCCCAUGCCGAUGCAGUGAUUAAACGUUGCUGAAAUUUAAUAACUAAGGUAAAUGUCAAAGUGCUUACUCAUAAUCAAUGUGGAGAAGAAUCACAGAGUUUGUGAAGAGUACCAUGUCAUCAAUUAAAAUUGCCCAGCAGUUGCCGCCAAGUGCAGCCAAGGUGGGAGAUAAGAGAGCUGCAGAUGGAACAAGCAAGAGUAACUUUGUGGAGGACAGGAAGAGAAAGGUUGCUGUGGUUAUUGCAUACAAUGGAAAAGGCUAUUACGGACUGCAAAUUAACCCAGGUUUCCCCACGGUGGAGGGUGAGCUGGUGAGAGGUCUGCUGGAGGCGGGCGUUAUACCCCAGGAUCACCAUGACAACAUCUGGAAGAUGUCCUUUCAGAGAGCUGCCCGCACAGACAAGGGUGUGUCAGCAGCUGGAAAUGUGUGUUCUCUAAAGAUGUGUGUAAAUGUUGAGAACCUGGUAGACAAAAUCAACGAGAAACUUCCAGAUCAAAUACGUGUAAUGGAUGUAAUCAGAACAACCAAGGGAUUCAAUGCCAAGAAUCACUGCUCUGGAAGGACUUACAUCUAUCUCAUCCCUACGCUUGCUUUCUCAUCUGUUGAAGAGACAGUAACAUUGGAGUAUCGCACGACAUUGGACAUCAUAGAGAGAGUGAAUGAAGUCCUACAGAAGUUUAAAGGGACCCACAAUUUCCACAACUUUACAUCGGGCAUAAAGCCAGAGGAUGGUUCAGCAAGAAGAUACAUUUGGAAUUUUGAGUGCGGGCUGCCAUUUGUUCGGGACGGUGUGGAAUUCUGCGUGCUGUCAGUGAGUGGACAGAGCUUCAUGCUUCACCAGAUAAGGAAAAUGAUUGGUCUGACCAUCGCUAUAGUGCGUGGGUUUGCAGAUAUUGAAUCCAUUGACAACGCGUGGGAGAGCGAAAAGAUGGACAUUCCAAAGGCUCCGUCUUUGGGACUCAUGCUGGACAAGCUUCACUAUAAUCAAUACAACGAAAAGUUCUGUAAAGAUGGGUCACAUGAUAAGAUAGACUUCUCUACUAUAAAGGACAAACUGAAGAUUUUCAAGGAUGAACAGAUAUUCCCAAAUAUCAUCAAGACAGAAAUUGAAGAACACAGCAUGUUGCAAUGGCUGUCCACCCUGCAUCUACACACGUGUCUGGCAAUAGACACCCGGCUGUGUACACGAAGGAAGUUCAUGAAGAACCUUGAGGAAGACUGUAAAGGAGCACAGGCUGAUGACACUUUUCAAGAGGGGAUUGACACUGCAGCUUCCAAAGAGGUCGAUCAAUCUGCAACAGAACCUCUGGCUACCAAGGAUACCACGGAAGGAGCAUCUGAUGAGGUGAAACGAGACACUUGUAUCAGGACUUCUCCACCAACACACGAAGUGAAUCCUGACGUUGCAAAGCUACUAGCUGAAAAAGGGUCCGUCAAUGAGGAUGUAAACCUUGAUCCUGUUACUAAUGGUGCAGACACUGUGAAAAAUACAGUGGAGAAAAGUUCAGAGGAAGAACCAGAGAUGAGAAAAAGACAUGAAAAUGUAUUGCCUUAGUGAUGUGCAUGUUUUUAUUUAGUUUUAAAUAUUCUGCUAUUCUGCAUAAAUGGACAUUAAAAUGAAUAAAUCAUUAAGGCAGUCA